AUGGGUGAAUUAGACUCGAGCCUACGUCAGCUGAACUGGCUCAUUGCAAAAGGAGGAGAAGCAAUUAAUGAGCCCCCUCCUUCUAAAUCAACUACCAAAAAUUUACCACGGGUCCGUGACGAUGAUAAGCCCCCAUAUUCUUAUACGCAACUCAUCCGAAUGGCUAUUGAGAAUUCGCCGGGUCAAAGGUGCUCAUUAAGUGGAAUUUAUUCGUACAUAGCAGAUAAUUUUAAAUAUUUCCGAGAGAAUCGCAAUCCCAGCUGGAAGGUGGGUAAUGAUUUCAUUUUCUAAUA